AUGACACGGUUUUUUGACAUUCGGAUCCGAUUUUAAAAUCGAUAAGCAAAGAACUUUUGUUGAUAUCACUACAAGUUAUCAAUGUUUAUCACUUUUUCACUAAAGGGCGUUCACUAGAACGUGGGUAACUUUGUGAAAAGUUAAGAAUUACCAUUACCAUUUUGAAAUGGAAGUUAUCUAUGUAAAAUAACGAAAGUUUAACUUAAAACAUCAGUGGACAAAGUCAAUUUCAAGAGCCGUGAUUAUAUUCAAAAUCAUGUCUCUCUGGUCUGACUGGGAGGGUUCUGCGAUGAACGCGUCGGAGUAUAAGAAAUACCAUGAGUCAUAUAUGGAGAAUAAUCAUGGAGCGUCGCCGUUGUAUACGUUUUUCUGCAUCUUCUUCACAGUAAAGUGUACCAUAUAUUGCGCUAUUAAAAAGAACUAUUCUGUGUCUUCAUAUGUCAUAGAGUAUUUGUUAAUCGUUCUUACUAUGAUCUCGCUGCAUUUCUACCUAAAUAAGUAUAUGCUUAUACUAAAUCUUAUCACUUCCAUGCUAUUAGUGUAUGAAUUACUACAGCAAGAUCUUCAGUUUGUCAAAACUUUGAAACAACCAAAUCAGUUUCCUACAAAACACAUCCAAUCUAUAACUUGCAUUAGAGGUUUGACUUACCUAAUAACAGUAUUUGCCAUCUUAGCUGUAGAUUUUAAGGCAUUUCCUAGAAAAAUGGCAAAGACUGAAAGAUAUGGCUAUAGUUUUAUGGAUACUGGUGUUGGUUUAUUUGUUAUUAUAAGUGGAUUAGUCCACAAGGAUCUCAAGACAGAGAAACUUAAGAAUAUAAUUAAAUCAAAUACUAAGUUUAUAUCUGUUCUUGUCACAUUGGGAGUGGCCAGAUUUUGGACUGUGAAAGCAUUGGAAUAUCAAGAACAUGUAACAGAAUAUGGGGUACACUGGAACUUCUUCUUUACUCUUGCUGUUUGUAAAUUAACUUCCACAAUAAUAUUGUACUUUACCGACAAAGCUCUAUUAUGUUCACUAGUUACAAUUUUAACCCAUGAAUUUCUUUUAUAUAAUGGACUGCAAAGCUGGGUAUUCAGUAAUGCUCCACGGACAGACUUAAUUUCAGCAAAUAGAGAAGGUAUUGCUUCCUGCCUUGGCUACACUACCCUAUAUCUCUUUGCUGUUUAUGUAAAGCAAGUACUAGAUAACAAAACCACCCCACGUUACGUGGUAUUAGUUAAGUUUGUAUCUAUAAUUACAAUUUUUUGGGUAUUGUUGUAUAUUCUAGCCAUUUCGAGACCAGUUUCUAGAGUUCUGGCUAAUACUAGUUACUGUUUGUACGUAUCUGCUACUAUACUGACCAUUUUGACGUUGUUUUACUUUUUUGAAGUUUUAUUUCAACAAAAAGACAAGAAAAUCUACUUUAUUGUACCUAUGAUAAUAAGUGCUGUCAAUCAAAAUGGACUCCUAUACUUUCUAGUUGCUAAUUUAUUAACGGGAAUAAUAAACUUAUCUAUACGCACCCUUUUUGUGCCAAAAAUGGAAUCAUUUUUAAUUGUUAACUGUUAUAUGAUAAUUACUAUAGCUCUGACUGUGUUAUUAAAGAAACUGGGUGUAAAAAUAUAAACAACAAAAUUUAUUAUUAAUUAGAACACAUUUAAUGCAUAACAUUGUACCACAAAAAUAAUAUCACAUUUUUUAUAUUCUUUUAAGUAGGUAAGUGAACAUUAAUAUAAAAAUAUCUCCACGUAAAUAUUAAUUUAACAAUAAAUACUAUUUUCCUACUAAAAAUGGAGUUUGUUCUAAGUUUAGUAAAGUUUGUUACAAAAAUUUACAAUUAGGUACAUGGAAUGUUAAUAAAAGAAUGGACUGAAUUGUUAAUACAAUAUGUUACACAAAUCAAACUUAACAAGUAUAAAAAACCCUAUAGAGCUUCAAAUAAAAAAUAAUUAAAAAAUAUCUGUACUUUUAACUUUUUCAUAAAUUAUUAAGAAUUUCUGGUUCAACCAUAUAUCAAAACUACUUAAAGCAAAAUACAAUUCUAAUUAUUUUAAGAAAUAAAUUAACAAAUAAGCUCUUGUGAUAUUACAUGCUAAAACUGAAGACAGUCUAUUAUGAUUAGUAUUGAUUUUUAAAAGUGAAGGGCUCACCUAGGGGCAUUCAAAAUUAAAGUGCCUCACACACACCACACCCCAGCAGUUUAAAUUCUUCGUAACACAACCAUUAUGAGCCAGCUGUAGCUAGUCAUUUAACUCGUAGACUCGUACUUUAGGGCCAUAUCUUACUAGGACAACAUGGUGGCGUCACCAUAGUCACGCCACUAACAUAAUGUAUGCAGUUGUCACCAGGCACACCCUGAAUUAUCCAUACAAAUCCCAUUUAAAAAAAAAAAACAAACACGAUUAUUCUUUAUUCUAUGACCCGGGUUGCACCCUCAUACGUCCUAAUGAGAUAGGGCUCGUAAAGUAUAUACAGCCAAUGACGAAGUCAUGGUAAUCAAAUCAGACAAAUUGGCAUUUGUACAAUGGUUCUUGUUACUGAGAUGUCUCAAUGUUUUCUUAUGCUUUAUUACAAAUAGAUAGUUGGCAGAAUUCUGAAAUGCAUGUCAAAAAUCUAAUAUGCAAGGCUAACAUCAAAAAGGGAUUGAAUGAAUAAAAGAAAAUCAUUAGCUAUAGUUUUGUUAAAUUCAGUCAGAGUCAGUCAAGUUUAUAUUGAUGAUCAUUAAGUAUUUCUCCUGCUUUAAGUACCCACAUUUGUAACUUGUCAUCAUCAUAGGCUUAAGUAUCGGUGGUACCGUUUAUCUUUGGCUAUAAACCCAUUUUAUUUUAUUUUGUGACUAUGUCUAACAAUAAAGGGAAUGUUUGGCAAGAUUAAAUACUUUGAUAAAUGCUCAAUGAUUGUAAAAAUACCUGUUUAAAUAAUACUGUUAAAUUCGUUCCAGAAAUGGCACCUUUUCUUCACUUUUUGCUACCGGUUUUGUGUGUCUAUAGAAUAUUUUAGCAGUACAGAAAAUGCAAAAAUAUGUCACUAAAACUAUUAGAAUCACUAAAUAGAAAAAUAAGUAUGGGAACCUUUGCGGCGACCAGAAGACUGUGUACUUCAUGUGUUUAUUGUGCUUUUCUGAAAAAAAAAGAGUAAUUGAUGGGAGGUGUUAUGCAUAGAAGAAAGGACCGAUUCACUUAUCAGUACUGUUUAAAUGAAAUAGAAGAGAAAAUAAAAAUAAACUUACGUAAAACAGCAGCUCCAUAACCGAUCUUACUGGUUCCCAUGCGAUAUGAACAUGUUGGCACAUAUAUCUCAUAUAUUGUAUCAUCUACAGAAUUGGAAGAGAAUGAUAUCCCUAGUACUUUAUCCCCAUAUUUUAAUGGGAACGUCUCUCUGAAUGUGAGCUGAGGGUUCUGCAUAACAUACUUUGAUUCGUGUUCAUGAGCACAAAAGUAAAUGUUUGGACGGAUCACAUUGUUAAUCUGGAAAAGACAACAGAAAAAAUAUUGUAAAUAUGUUGCUUACAGUGAGACUAAUAUUCACAAGUUUCCAUUCUUACAAAUUGUUUUUUUUUUUUUUUGUAU